ACGAUGUUUCACAUCCAGGAAUUUGCAACCGAAGGUCUAAGAACUCUAUUAUACGCUCACCGAUUCUUGAGUGAGGAUGAAUAUAACACAUGGAAUAAACAUUUUCAAGAAGCGUCGACCGCUAUAGAAGAUCGAAAAAAAAAGUUGGAACAAGUAGCCGAAAUGAUUGAACGUGAUUUAGAAAUAACAGGAGCAACCGCGAUCGAAGAUAAAUUACAGGAAGGUGUUCCCGAGACGAUCGAUAAAUUACGACGGGCGGAUAUUAAGAUUUGGAUGCUGACUGGAGAUAAACGAGAAACAGCAAUUAAUAUUGGGUAUUCAUGUUCUUUGAUCAAGAAUUUUUCAAAGACGCUUAUCAUAGAUUCUACUAUUCCGGAUCUCAACUUGAAGCUAAAAAAAGCCAAGGAACAGAUUGGUGACGGUAAAGCGAAACAUACCGUGGCGGUAGUAGACGGUGCGACUUUGAUGGUUAUUGAGAAAGAUGUGGAGCUAAUGGAAACAUUUAUUGAACUAGGGAUAUUGUGUGAUGCAGUUAUCUGUUGUCGCGUGAGUCCAGCACAGAAAGCACUCGUAGUAAGGAACAUUCGAGAAAAAUUGAAUAAUACGGUAACCUUGGCAAUUGGUGAUGGUGCAAAUGAUAUUGCGAUGAUUCAGGAAGCCCAUGUUGGGAUCGGAAUCACAGGACGAGAAGGAUUGCAGGCCGCAAGGUCUAGCGAUUACUCGAUAGCUCAAUUUCGAUUUCUCACUAGCCUGUUAUUCGUUCAUGGACGGUGGUCAUAUGUCCGGGUGUCAAAAUUUGUAUUAGGAACAUUUUAUAAAUGCAUGUGUUUUUAUUUGACCCAAGGGAUAUUUCAAUUGUUUACUGGAUUUUCGGGGACAAGUUUGUAUGAAGCAUGGACAUUAUCUUUAUAUAACACAUUAUUUUCUUCUUUGCCGGUUAUAGUGAUUGGCAUGCUAGAAAAAGAUUUAAAACGCGAAACACUUAUAGGUGUUCCUGAGCUGUAUCAAUUCGGACAACGUAACGAAGCAUUUAACCUUAAAUUAUUCUUCUCAUGGAUGAGCGCAGGAUUAUUUCACGCUGUGGUGAUAGUUUUCACACCGGCUCUAUUACACGGAAUAUUCUUUUCGAAUGAAUUGCAUGCCUUAGGAACUCCGCAGUUGUAUGAACUUGGAUUAGUAUCAUACACCAGUGUAGUACUUAUAGUAACAACCAAAAUAGCAUACUUGGAAUGUCACAACUGGACGUUGAUAACACAUAUUACAUCGUUUUUGACACUCUGUGGAUGGUUCUUGUGGCAAACCGUUUAUUCAUUUGCGUAUCCAAUUGGUAAUACUACGGUGUAUGAUGUACAUGGAACUUUCCAACGAAGUGGAAAAAAUUUUGAAUUUUGGGUGUCGACAUUAUUAACGGUGUCUUUGGCAUUGAUACCAAACCUAGCGUUGAAAACGGCUAAAUCCAUUAUAUUACCAACGGAUGUAGAUGACUAUCAAGAAAUAGAAAAGGAUACGGAACGAUUACAAAAAAAAAUUGAAGAGGGGGAAAAAAAUAAUGAAAUUGAGGAAGACAUUGAUGUGUUGCAUCCGAGUGGAAUAAGAAAUGAAUCGCGAGAGACUAGAGAGGAGAAUGGUGAGAAGAACAAGAACAAAUUAUAUUCAGAACGAGACACAGUAAUGAAUAUCACCAACAAUAGCGGAGGGGUGAUACCGCCUAAUGAUCAACAGAGAUACCCCGACGAGAAUUCUUCAUCAGCGUCUCUAAUACAUCAUCAUGAUGGUUCUUCAAUAUCACUAUCGUCUAAGCUACAUUCUAACGAAUCGCCCUAUCAAUACAGUAAACGAUAA